AAAAGGUUCCUAUUCAACUUUUAAUCAGUCACGGCUGUAUCCCACUCACGAGAUGGAUCUCAAUCAGUUCAGCGAUAGCCAAAAAGCUAUUUUGAAACAGUUUCGUGAGGCCGUAAAGGACUGUCAACUACCAGACUCGGACGACAGCUACCUUGUACGAUGGCUCGUCGCUCGAGGCUUCGAUAUUCCCAAAGCGGAAAAAAUGCUUCGUACCACGCUGGAAUGGCGCCGCCAACACAGGAUCGACCACAUUCGUGAGGAAUUCAAUCCUCCCGAAGUGUUGCAAAAGUACUUCUCUGCCGGUCUGGUCGGCCGUGACAAACUCCACAAUCCUAUGUGGGUCGUUCGCUACGGAAUGUCGGAUAUGAAGGGCAUUCUACGCUCGACAAAGAAAAAGGAUUACGUCAUGUACGUCGUUUACCUGGUGGAAUCCAGCAUCGCCAGAGUCAACGCCAAUCUCGACAAAUACAAGCGCAAUGCCGACGCCAUUGUGCAAUCCACCAUCAUUUUCGACAUGGAAGGUUUCUCCAUGCAACACGUCACCAACAAGCAAGCCAUGGACACUGCCGUUAAAAUCAUCCAAGUUUACGAGGCCAAUUAUCCGGAACUUCUCUACCGUGUUUUCAUCGUCAACGCUCCGAAAAUCUUUUCCAUCCUCUUCAACAUGAUCAAACCGUUUCUGCACGAGCGAACCAGGAGCAAAAUUCAAAUCUUCAGUCACGAUGCUAAACAGUGGAAGGCUGCCAUUUUGGCUGACGUGAUUGCGGAAGAGUUGCCCGUCUCCUACGGAGGCACUCUGACCGAUCCCGAUGGAAAUCCCAACUGCAUCACGAUGGUCAACAUGGGCGGCGAAGUACCAAAGUCCUACUACUUUAGCGGCAAACCAGACACGGCCAAUAAGAAAUCGCUGAGCAUUUCGAGCGGGAGCAAAGAGCAUUUGGAAUUCAAAGUCGACCAAGUUGGCGCCAUCCUCAAGUGGGAUUUCCAUUCGGAAGAUAGCGACAUCGCUUUCGCCGUGUAUCGCAAACAAGGGGGCGAAUUGAUUCCGGUGGUCCCUCACGAACGGGUCGAUUGCGACAUGGCAGCCGAAGAAGGAGAAAUCCACUGCGAAGAAACGGGUGUCUAUGUGGUCGAGUUCGACAACCAUUACAGUUACCUCCGAUCGAAGAAGGUUUGGUACUCCAUUUCGGUUGAAUCCGCCUCGGCCAGGAACUUGACGACCAUCGAUUUGUAAACCCUGGAAAAAUUGAAUGGCUACAAAACGAGGGGGGGGGGGGUUAAAUUUAGUCCAUUUUUCUUUUAUUUUAAAGACAAUUAAUUUUAUAUUUCCAUAUUCUGGGGCAAAUAAAACCAUAGAAAAUAAAGAAAUGGGGGGACUUGUCGUAUCGAAGGGAAAUUUCUACAUUAUCUUCAAAAUAGUGUUCAGUCGAAAUAAAGAAGAGGAGAAAACAGACGAUGUUGAAAAAACAUUCGAAAUAUGAUCAUUUUUCUACUUUACUAGAAACCGAAA